AUGCAACUUUUCCUGAUUUCUUGGACGACCAUGACGCUGAUCCACUUCGGACUCUUCACCUACAUUUGCAUCUAUGAGACUAAAGCAGAGGGCCGUAUUUUCAUCGAUCGCAAGGGUAGGAUCCACGAAGGAUAUCCAUGGUCAAUGAUGAUUGUAUUCGGACUAUUCCUGGCAAUCUACCACAUUUUCAUGACGCUCCUCUUCGUCUCCUACUAUCAUUAUAUCCGCGAUCGUCAACUGGAGCUGGAGCAGCAGCAAGGCAGAAUGCAUUCCGUUCAAGCCUACAAA